GGCUCUCAAAGUUAUUCGUAACGUGAACCGUGAUAAACGCAUGCGCGUGCCUUAGUUCGCUCGGCUGAUAUUUACGGUUAUAAUAUCAUUUCAUAUAAAAAGCUAUUUUUCAUUUGAAUGUUGGAUUUACACGAUAACAAUGAAGCUUUGGAUGCUAAUAUUAUGCGUCAUCCCCAAUAUAACAUCAAUCACAAUUUCAUCAAAUGGAAACAGUCCCGAAACUAAAAUGAUAAGUCACAUGGAAAUAGAAACACUCAAUGAUUUCAAAAUGAUGAGACCCAGUUCAGACUACUCAACAACUAGUAAAUAUAAAGCAACUAGAGACUUAGAGAAAAUAAAUUCUACUAAAAUUGGGAUCAACGAAAGAUAUCGGAGAUUAAUUCCGUACAUGACAUUUUAUUAUGCGAAUGAUAUUGCCACACCAGCUACCAGGCAAGAAGCAAAAUCUAUAGAAGUUGAAAAGGCACAUAUUGUAGAGACGGGUAAUAUAACACCGAAUCAAAGAGACGAGAGAGUUAUUCAUACAUUUGGCAGACAUAAAAAUAUUCCAAGAUAUCAUGGUAAUCGGUUGACUCAACAUAAUAUUGCCUCAGCCAAUCCUACUAAACUGUAUUUAAAAGAAAUACUUCCCGCAUUUUAUCAGCCGGCCCACAAACCUAAUCCUAAUUAUAAUCCCGUGCCAACAGGCUUCAGUGUCCACGGGGAACGUGAUUAUGAUAGAUAUAUCAAGCCAAAUAAACCUUCAAUAAGUGUUCCAUUUGCUCAACCAACAAGAAAGCCAUAUUUGAACGUGCAACAAAACGAGGACGCAAACAUACAAUAUUACUUGUUGGAAAAAGAGGAGGCUACGAAAUAUAAGCUAGUCCCCUACGAGCAAACGCCUCCAAUAAAAUACCUUAAUCAACCAGACGAAGUUGAACUUAAUAGACAACAAUAUCAUCCAGUUGUUAUUCAAAAGGAAUCUGUUUAUAUAAAACCCAAACCAACUCAACCUCAAUAUAAUUAUCAGAACUAUAAUAAUCAGCAGUAUAAGACUAGGAGACCUCCGACAACAAUAUCAGAAAUGUAUUACGAAAAACAAACGCCAGUUGUACCUUUAGCAGAGCCUGUAAUUGAAGGUGGAUUUAGACCAAUAUUAUCUUCGCAAAUACAUGCCACUGAAAGACCCCAUUUAACACCACAGCCCUAUCAUGAACGAGUACCUGAAUUUGAUGAAAUUUCAGAAGAAAUCCCUAACAGAAAACCUAAUUAUCAAUACGUUUUAGAAGAACCCUCUUAUAUAUCUAAACCUACCCACAAUGAGAAAACAAAUACUGUGAGCUUAGCGGAACUUCUUAAUUCUUUGCAGAUAAAUAAAUCUAUACCUAAGCCAAUAACAAAAGAUAAUGUCAGUGCAUCAAUAGCCACAUUACUUCAAGUUUUAAACACGUUAAAAGCACAACAAAAUGUAGUUGAAGCACCAGUUCUCAGUACUCCGAAGGCUUUUGAGGCUCCAGAAGUAAUAACAACACCAUCACCGCCAACACCACCAACUUUAGACUCACCACAAAGCGUGGAAUUUAAUGAAGAACCUUACUUAGCUCCUGUUAAUACACCAUCUCAACAUUUAGAUGAUUAUUCAUCUGGUGGAAGCAGUCAACAAUUUCCACUUCAAAUACACUCUGAUGAUGAAGGCGGUACACCGGGUCGACCAGGUAUAGAUUAUCCAAUCUUGACCGUCAUUCCACCCACAAAAUUUGACUGUAAAACGCAACGCUACAAAGGUUUUUUUGCCGAUCCUGAAACGCGGUGCCAAGUAUGGCACUAUUGCGAUUUAAACGGCGGUCAAGCAUCAUUUUUGUGCCCUAAUGGCACAAUAUUCUCACAGGCGGCUUUAACGUGCGACUGGUGGUUCAAUGUGCGAUGCGCCUCUACAGCUCAACUUUAUGUUCUAAAUGAGAGCCUCUACAAGUUCAUAUUGCCACAUUCUCCAAAAUUCCCUGAAGACUACAGUGGGCCAUUAGUUGACAAAUAUCUGACCUUAAAAUUUAAAGAAAUGGAAGAGCAAUUUAAGAAAAACAAAAAUAAAAGUAAAACGGCAUCAGAAAAGAUGGAUAAUGAAGAUACAAGUGAAAAGAUUCCUGAAGUGAAUAGUGGAGAGGAGAAGGGAAGCUAUGAUGAUGGAAGAUCAAUAAGCAGCGCAGGUGUUAUUGUUGAAUCUGCUGGUGCCAGCGGCAAUGUUGAAAGACUACACGAGUGAAAGGAUGUUUGCAUACAUGUUAAAACAUAACAUAAGGACAUUUGUUUUUUUGUAAAAAAUACCUGUUACAAGAUAUUCAUAAUCCUAAGUCAACUGUGAUAGUUUUAGUUAUGAACUAUUUAUAAAUAGCUCUAUUGAUCAAAUGUAAUUUUCAAGUUUUUUGAAGAGUAUAGAGAAUGAAACUUUAUUUUCUAGGAAUUAAACUUGCCAUAUUUCGCCAUGUUUAAUUCGAAUGAUUAAGUUAGAUGUAAGAUUAUCUUGUGUAUUAUACUGUGAAAUUAUAUUCUUGAGGCCAGAAUCGUAGAAAUUUUUAAUUAAUAUGUAUCACCUUGAUAUGUUUGUAUUUUAGAAUGUGUUAAUGAUGCAUUCCUAUUUAUUUCCGAUUAAGCUGUGAGUGGUGUGCAAUAUGAUUAAAUAAGUGUUAAGUAUAUUUGUAAACUAUCGAUUGAAUACUUUAAUAUGUAUUUCGAAUUGGUGGAAUAAAUUGCUGAUUGUCUGA